CGGUGGAACUUUCGAGCCGUGCAGAACCCCGAGUCAUGAGCUACUGCUACUCGUCCGAGGAGGACAAAAGCAGCUCCCAGUACUUGGGCAGCCCUAACUACAACCUGACGCCGAUGGUAUGCUCCACGCAGGAGUACAGCCAUACCGCCUACCUCUCUCCCGACUGGCAGUUUCUGGAUGUAGCAGAUGGAGCUAGCCUGGAGCUGCCCCCGGCCACCCACUCCGUUGACCUUGAGAUGCGCACAGAGGCGGGCAUGGACCAGCUCAAGAGGCGCAAGAGCGAGGGCUCCAGGAGAUCAGAGGGCCAGUGCCAAGCAGCCGGCCAAGCAGCCGGCCAAGAGACGGUCGUUCUCAGUCUCACGGUGCAAAAGCGACGACGCCACGCGGCCAAUGCCCGGGAAAGAAAGCGCAUGAAUGGCCUAAACGAGGCCUUCGACCGCUUGCGGGAAGUGGUCCCACUUAUUGAAAAGUUCAUUGAUAGGAAAACAAUGAGCCCCAGUCCCCGUCCCCGUUCCACAUCGGAGUUCCCCGCCAACGCGCUUUGCAGUGGAGCGUGACACCCUCGGAUCACGACUCCCGGCCAGGGAUCUCAUUGAA